UAUGUAUGUAGACGUUGAUUUGCCUGCAAAUUUCUCUUAAUCGUUUUACGUGGCAUGAUGUAGGACUGCAUUCCUGUGGGCGUCAUGGCAGUUCACUCGGCCCACCUGUUUCAUAUGAACUACAGUACAUCCACUGUCCCCUCCCCUUGCUCAGCUUCUGUCCUUGCAGUGCUGAGAAUAAUUUUUGUUGGAGAGACUGAAGUGUUUCACUGUUCGUGAGAAAUGGUUGGCGAUUGCGGACAAUUCCAUCGUGUUUUCGAUAUUUCUCGUCUUGAUAUCGUGACCAUGGUCAUGAAAAUUUACAUUUCCGGAAUUUCCGGAAAUAAGGAAGUGAAGAAACGUCAGCAACGGGUGACGAUGAUUUUAGACAGUCGUCACAUUGCCUAUGAGUUGAUAGAUAUUACAGAGCCAGGACGAGAAGAGGAAAAAGAUUUCAUGCAGCAGAAUUCAACGCCAUUACCUGGUGCCAAAUAUGCUCUGCCUCCUCAAAUUUUCAAAGACGACGUCUAUUGCGGGGACUACGAUCAAUAUGACCUUAGCAACGAGAAUGAUGAGCUGGAGAAGUUUCUGAAGCUAACCGACGAAGAAAUCGAUGCUUUAAAGUCAGCCUCGACUCCGCGCGCAUCGCCGGCCAAAGAACAUAUAACCGCAGUUCCAAAUGGAAUUGGUUGUCGAGAAGUGUCAGUUGAAAAGGAUUCGAUUCUUGGAGAGGAUGCACCUAUCCUUGGUCCUUCUGGCGAUAAUCUUGAGAACAUUGCAAAUCCUUUGGCAAAUGAAGAUGAGGAUCACACCAAAGACGGAGAACCGGUUGAGUGUGUGCUUUUCUGCAAGAAGGUGCCAGCGCCUAAUUGUGUGUUUGUAGAGACAAAAGUCUUACUGGGGGGCUCAGCCGCGCAAGAACAAACCAUGGCAACCCCAAAUGAGCAAAUAGUGCAAAGUGAAAUGGACAAAGCAUCCCCUAGUCCAUCAAGCAAUUCCGCAUCAGCGUUCGCCCAAAACUAUCGCAAUAACAACCAGUGGGCACAUCUCAUGCUACCCGCCAUACGAUCGUACUGUGCGACUGCACAAAUCCCACACCUGGGUAACCAAGACAAACUCGUUGCAGCGCUCCAAACGCAAGGCGUACAGCCCAUCAACGUGCUACAAAACACAGCACCAGGACCAGGAGCCAGCCCAUCCGCCGCUGAACUUACCGCCAACAUCACCAAAUUGCUGCUCCUACGCAGGGCGGAUUUCCCGAAACAAGCACAGGGAGAAGACUUCAAAGUCUAUCUACGCCAACUGGAAAUUGCAUUCAGUCAUGACGGUACGUCGAACAACACUAAAAUUGACUGCCUGAUUGGACACACAACGCCUACAGUCAAGGCGGCAGCCCAACGCCUCUACGACAAGGGAUAUCACAAUUACAACAACAUUGCCGACCGGCUCAAGAUACAGUUUGGGCUAUUGCCCUUCGAACAUUUCACGCGAUUCCUAGCCCUACGGCCCCUCAAAGACAAAUCAUGGGCACAAUUCGGCAAUCGCCUCCGGUGCGAGUACAUCUGCUACUUACCACUCAGCGCAACCGACCUACCCGGUCAAGAAAGAUCCAUCACCCCACCCUCAUUGGUCAACUACUGGCAAUCACCACUGGAGGGCUCCACGCCCACCUAUACUCCAAGGCAACCGCCAAUCAAACCCUCACAUGGGUCAACUAACACGCAACAAGGCAAUCACCAACCAAAAACCACGGCAUCUGGAUUGCAGAAGCAUUACUGUGACCACCACCAGCAGUACGUCCUCCACACGACCGCCAAAUGCUCGCUUGGGCAAAACCCAAGGCCCAACACGGCUACAGGAAACCAAUCACCACGCAACCUUCAAUCGUGUACAUACCACCCGGGUUGCCUUGUUGCACACUCGACAGCAGACUGCCAAAACAACCCGGCCAACCAGGUCACACGGCGACCAAUGGCCCAAACCAGGGAAAUGCCAAGAUCGGGCAGUGACGCUGUCCUCCGCUCAAUCCCCCAAGAUACAGACGACAGCCUAACAAUCAUCAUUGGCAUCAAGGACAAACGCGUCCCAGCGCUGAUCAACACUGGAGCCACCAGGUCAUUCAUGGCGACCAACGUCACAGCCGAAGUAGGGCUCACACCCCAUCUGACGAAGGCAAAGAUCUCCGCAGCCGUCUUACACAUCUCCGCCGACAUCAGCCACUCGGAAAGCAAGGACUGUUCCCCCAACACGUCGCAUCCAUCCCGACAAAUGGCCAAGAUCCCAAGCCACCAAGGCGCAUCCGACUGUCGCCCGACAAAGUACCAGCAAUGA